GCGUCAGCUGUGGCGGAGCGGGUGCGCGGGCGCACGUCACCUCAGUGAUAAACAAACCUCGCCGGCGCCUCCUUGUCAGACAUGUCGCGAGUUUGACUCCCGCCCGCGUCCCCAUAGCUGCCUCCAUGCAUCUUUGCUUACGGUCCCCGCAGCACAAAUGUCAGCCGUCUCCGCACGAAGUACGGCGCUUUUAUCAUAUUCUGGAAAAUGACUGAAGGUCCUCUUCAUCAUGACAAGUCGAUGUCUGUACGCAUUUGGUUAGAGGUGGGCCACGUUUGCGAGCCGCGUCGGUCGACGCAAGGGAGGUCUCUGUCGUUUGAUUGGCGACUGUGGGUGCGAGGUGUCAGUGGCAAAGACAUCAGCAGCUUUGUUCACAAGGUCGUCUUCUACCUACAUCCAGCUAGCAUCUUCAUGUACCCAAAGAGAGUGUGCCAAGAGCCGCCGUACGAAAUUCAAGAGUCCGGCUGCGCGUCGAUAGAUGUACCGAUACACGUGUACCUGAAGCACAGCAGCGAGCCCCAGAAGAUCCGCCUGCAGUACAGUCUGAGCAUUGAGAACAAUAAAUCGAACAGCUCGGAGUCCCGCUGCAUCUACUACGACUUUCAGAACCCGCCCGAGCAGCUGAGGCGCGCGCUGAUGUCGGGGGGAGGGGAGAUAGUUUCGCGCGCCCACAGAGCCAUGCGCGCCGACAGAGUGAUCAUGCUCUCCGACAGUCGCGACAAGCCGCGGGACAUGCAAAUCAAGAAAAAAGCCAAAUUUGUGGAACCGGUCUCUUGCCGGCACAGCGCCAAGAGGGUCAAACCGUACCCACAGGACGCCACUUGCCCUAAAUGCGGCGAAUCUCUAGACGUUGACUUCAGAAAGCAGCUGCGUGGAGUGUCGAUGACGAAGGACGAGAUCGCUCGCGUGUCGCAACUGUACGAGUCCUACAACUUGUACAAGAAGUCAGUCGAUGCGCUCGCGCUGCCGCCGCUCUCCGACCCGAUCUACCGCGUGCCGGAGCUGCCGGCCGGGCUCCAGGAAGCUCUGAAAGGUGUCAAAUUCGACCUCGCGUUGUGAUACUGACGUUACUUUAGUUCUUAACAAGUGAUACCAGUCCAGUCUGAUGAAACUAGUGUUGUGAUAUUCGACGGUGCCAUAAGAGACUCGUAUAUAAAAAAACUUAUAAUGAAUAUUGAAUAUUUUUUACUAAAUCUAGGAUAUUGAGCCACUUUGCCAUUAGAUAAAUUGAGAAAUGUAAAUAUUGUUGGAUUGUUUAUGUAAAUAAUAAUCAGUUUAUGUAGAUAACUUAUUCACAUUUGUUAAAGGCGUUGUCCACCUUGUUCCUUUACUUUAAAUACUUUAAUCUCUCUAUUUUAAUAAAUAAUUUUGUUAAACAAAAUGAAACUUAUGAAAAACAACCAUUUUCAAUCUAUUAACACCUGUAAUCAAAUAGGUAUCUAUUUUGUAUUGUACUUAGGUACAAGAUAUAAGGUCGUGGUGUAUGUACACCAAAUUUAACUUAAUACUAGUAGAUAACUAUUUAAACUACCUCUAUAGAUAUAAAUAUAUUAUAAGUUUUAAGUAUGUACUAUUUCAAAGAAAAGAGAGUCAGCCUUUAUAUAGAUUAUCAAAUAAGUACAAUCUAUUUUUUAUAAAAAUAUUUCCUGAUAAGUUAUAAACAAUAUUUAAAUACUUGUUCGUUAAAUAUGAUAUUAUAAGAUUAUUAAAGUAAGUACAAUUCGAGUGCUGUGAGAAAGAUCUCAAUACAAUUUUGAUAAAUGUAAAUUCAUGUUAUAUACUUAGUAGUAAAGUGUAUCAUAAUAUUAUCAUUUAUCUAUUUGUUAUCUUAUCGUACAUGUAUCUAUUGUGUCCAAUUUGUUCAUUGAUAGAUACCUAUUUUUAGUUUGGGAGUCUCAACUCAAGUAGAUUUAUUUAAUUUGUGAACAUUUUAGUUUAUUAUAUUAAUGAACUAUUCAGAAUAUUGAAAUGCAAUAAUUAGCCAGGCAAACGUAGCUUGCAGAUAUCUAAAGAUUUAGUAAACGUAAUAAAGCCAAUUUCCCAUUAAAGGAAAUAAAAUUGAGAGACAUCUAAUGCCUCGUCUCAACGUUGUUAUCAUUCAGUGGACGGACACUUUACUAUUUAUUUUUAAUUUUUGGCACAGUUAGAUUAUACAGUAAGAAUAACUCAUUUUUAAUAACUAUGUAAGUAGUUUUAAUUGAAUUUUAUUUGUAAGUAAGAUGGGAAA